AGCACGAUCGACGACCUUCAAGGACGCGCGGGAGAGCUUAAGGGUGGGAAAGGGUUCCGCGGGUUCCUGAAAGGACUCAUCUACGGGUCUCGGGACCAGGCGAUCCUGUCGGACAUGAAGGAAGACAUGGCAAAAGCAAUGAGCCUUUUCAUGGUCCGUCUACCUUGCCAAGUCUUGAUACACGCUUUAACAUACGCUUGCUUACUGCAGCUUAGAGGCACGAUGUCCAUCCAGAAAGUCCUUACCGAGAGACUGACCGAUGCUCGCGAAGAGGACCAGAAAGUUAUCGACUCCAUUCCUCGAGCAGACGCAGGAUAUCGAUCGGUGGACGAACUCAAGAGUGGGUUCAUGCAAGGCACCCGGAAAGAGGUAUUCGCGGAUCUGGAGCGGUGGUCGACUGGUCGAUUCCCCGAGGACAAGCCCAAACGAAUCUGCUGCAUCAGCGGCGGGGCAGGUCUAGGGAAGUCUUCGAUUUCACAUCAGCUCUGUGUUCGCCACGACGCAGCGGAUCGUUCUUCGCUCAGACUCGGCGCAUCAUUUUUCUUUGUCCGCGGCCGCGGAGAUCUCGAGGAUGCUCACCUCGUUUUCUCGACGCUCGCACGCCAGCUUGCAGUGUCCCAGCCGACCCUUCGCCCUUAUAUCAUCAGCGCCGCACGUGAGUACCUCAAACACGGCGACCGGCAGCAGAUGCAGCACUCAUUCGACGGGCUCCUUCGGAAGGCUCUCAUCGCCGCUCCCGCGGACCAGGCCCCGACAUUGAUUGUCAUCGACGGAAUAGACGAGUGCAAGGACAGGAGGCUGGUUCCCAAACUGCUUUGGUCCUUGUUCGGUCUUGUUCGCGAGUUACCGUGGCUGUACGUCUUUGCCGCGUCACGGCCAGAGCCUCACAUCCUGUCGGUGGUUGCACACCUCAGCUCAGCCGAUGUUAUCCAUCAUAUGCGACUGGAGGAUGCAACGAACAGUCACGGUGAUGUUGGACGUUACCUCAGAGAGACUCUACCGAAGAUACCCUCAUACGGCAAUUACCUCGAGAAGCACCCGAACGCCCUUCGACGCCUCAUCAAGCGUGCGGCCGGCGUAUUUAUCUUCGCUCGGAUCACCGUCAAUUUCUUGGACGAACAUCACAAUCAUCCGGAAGAAUGGUUUGAGCUCGUCCUCUCGGGUGGGGGUCUAGCGAUGUCACCUCUCGAUGCACUGUAUCUGCAGAUCCUGCGGUCCGCAUUUCCUCCGGAAGGUUUGCGCGCCUCACCUCGAGAGCACGAACGUCUCUCCUUCUUCCUGCGUUUCAUCACGCUGGAAUUUGGGCGGACAAAUCCCGAGACCAUUGCAUUCUACGGACGCGAUCUGUCCGUCGACGAUGUUUUCUACAUCGUGGACCACCUGCGUUCUGUGUUGAUGAUGGACAAGCUCGGGCGCGUGGUGCCUCUCCACGCUUCGUUCGGCGAAUUCCUUGUCGACGAGGAUCGGUGCAGAGAUUCACUCUACCAUGUGGAUGAGUCUGAAGGACAUGCCCAUCUUGCAUGUGCUUGCCUAGCAGCCAUGUCCUUUGAAAAUUACACAUCGUCUGCAGAGAAUAGACCAGAGGCCCCAGCACACACUCGUCAACUUUGA